AUGCCUCGCGAAAUUUCCGACAUCAAGAACUUCAUCGAGAUUUGCAGACGCAAGGAUGCUUCAUCUGCUCGCAUAAAGCGCAGCAAGAAGACCACCCACAUCAAGUUCAAGGUCCGCUGCCAAAGACACCUGUACACUCUUGUCUUGAAGGAUGCCGAGAAGGCCGAGAAGCUGAAGCAAUCGCUUCCACCCAGUAUGUCUUCCUCUCCAUGGUGUAACUCCAGAGCAAGAGCUCGCAGAUUUUAG